GGCUACGUGGAAACAUGGAGGAGUAAAGCAGAAAUCGGCAGCCAUCGGUGGUAUUGAAAUUAGUUAAUAAUUACCAGACAGCGUCCCGUCGAUAUAAAAGUUGUGGAAGAGUCACUGAACAUCCGGACAAAGAACACUCCCUAGGAAAAGCUGUCACUGACAUCAAUCAGUGAGAAUUUUAAAGGGUCCGGCCCUGUGGGAGAUGAGGCUUUGAGGUGGGCUGAACAGGACCAGGAGAUGGGAGCCAACAUCAGCCAGGUCAGCGACCUGUCGGAGAACCAGAGCCUCAGAACCCUGAUCGGCACCGAGUCCGUGUCGGAGAACGACCCGUUCUGGAACCAGCUCAUCUCUUUCACCUUCACCAGUCCCACCAACAGUGGGGACUCCAAACUUUUGGAAGAAGCCGUCAUCCCACUUGCCAAGAUCUUCAUCGAGAACAAUCCCAGAACAGGAAACUUUGGAGCCCUUGUGAGAGUCUUCCUCGGAAGAACUAAGGAGCUGAAAAUAUCCACGGAAUGCCAGGAUCAGCUGUUCAUCUGGCAGGCACACAAUGCCCUCUUCAUGAUCCGCUGCCUGCUGAAAGUCUUCAUCAGGGAGAUGAGCGAGGACGACCUGCAGUUGCAGUUCUCCUACCAGGAGAGGGCGCCAGGCUCCUGCGAGCCCGUGACUGAAGGCCUUCUGGAGGAGGUGAUCUGCAACCUGGUGCAUCUGAUCGUGGAGGUGCCCCUGCUGGACAUCACCUACAGCGUACUGUUCGAGGCUGUCACCUCGCUCCUCGUCCUGCUGUCCUACCAGCUCCUCCACAAGGAGAUCCUGAGGGAGGGGCUGGUGUACAAGUACCUGAUGCAGGGCCGAUGUUUGGACCUCACCAGCCGAUUGGUUAAGACCCUGCUUUACAACUUCAUCAGACAGGAGAAGUGCCCGCCCCCAGUCACCCACAUAUUCGAACCCCAGUCUGAGGGCGGAGGACUGCUCUACGGCCUAGCCUCAGGAGUCGCAAGUGGGCUGUGGACUGUGUUUACCCUGGGCGGAGCCGGGAGCAAGCCCAAUCCCGACCAAGAGCAGAACCCUCUGCCGCUGUCCAAUCAGAGUCUUCUGCUGCUGCUGGUGCUCGCCAACCUGACUGACGGUCCAGACUGCCCCAACCCCUACAGACAGGCCGUCACGUCCUUCAAGAACACACAGGACACGUCCUCCAUCCCCUCGCCUCACCCGCACACCUUCCAGAUCAACUUCAACAGCCUGUACACGGCCCUGUGCGACCAGCAGCGGUCCGACCAGGCCACCCUGCUGCUCUACACGCUGCUGCACCAAAACACCAACGUGCGCACGUACGUGCUGUCGCGCACCGACAUGGAGAACCUGGUCAUGCCGAUCCUGGAGAUCCUGUACCACGUGGAGGACAGGAACUCCCACCACGUCUACAUGGCCCUCAUCAUCCUCCUCAUCCUCACGGAGGACGACACCUUCAACCGCUCCAUUCAUGAAGUGAUUCUGAAGAACAUAACCUGGUACACAGAGCGAUGUCUGACGGAGAUUUCCCUGGGCAGCCUGCUGAUUCUGGUGGUGAUCCGGACGAUCCAGUUCAACAUGACCCGGACGCGGGACAAAUACCUCCACACCAACUGCCUAGCAGCUCUGGCCAACAUGUCGGCCCAGUUCCGCUGCCUGCACCAGUACGCAGCUCAGAGGAUCAUCAGCCUGUUUGCCCUGCUCUCCAAGAAGCACAACAAGGUCCUGGAGCAGGCCACGCAGUCCCUGAGGGGGCCGCUGGGCUCGGACAACAGCGCCGCCCUGCCUGACUACGCUCAAGACCUGAACGUGAUCGAGGAGGUGAUCCGCAUGAUGCUAGAGAUAAUAAACUCCUGCCUGGCCAACUCCCUGCACCACAACCCCAACCUGGUGUACGCCCUGCUGUACAAGAGGGAGCUCUUUGAGCAGUUCCGGUCCCACCCGUCCUUCCAGGACAUCAUGCAGAACCUCGACACGGUCAUCGGGUUCUUCAGCACGCGUCUGGAGCAGGCGGGAACAGACCUCUCCGUGGAGCGGGUUCAGGAGGUCAUCAAGAAAGGAGCCGUGGCCCUGCCCAAAGACCGCCUGAAGAAGUUUCCAGAGCUGAAGUUCAAAUAUGUGGAGGAGGACCAGCCCGAGGAUUUCUUCGUCCCGUAUGUCUGGUCUCUGGUCUUCAACUCCGGGGUGGGCCUUCACUGGAGCCCUCAGGGCAUCGAGCUCUUCAGCAUGGACUCUGGUUGAGUGGGGGCGGGUGUGUUUGUGUGUGUAUCUGUCUGCUUGUGUGUGCACUCCCUUAUGUGUAUGGGCACGUGUCAGCUGAUCAGCACUGGCAGUGACUGUGCUUGAGCUUACACAUUAGUGCAUCCACACGCCUGUGUGUGUGUGUGUGUGUGUGUGUGUGUGUGUGUGUGUGUGUGUGUGAGAGAGUGUGUCUGUAUGUGUGUGUAUCCUUCUGCUUGUGUGUACACAUUAGUGCAUCCACACGCCUGUGUGUGUGUGUGUGUGUGUGUGUGUGUGUGUGUGAGAGAGUGUGUCUGUAUGUGUGUGUAUCCUUCUGCUUGUGUGUACACAUUAGUGCAUCCACACGCCUGUGUGUGUGUGUGUGUGUGUGUGUGUGUGUGUGUGUGUGUGUGUGUGUGUGUGUGUGAGAGUGUUUGUAUGUGUGUGUAUCCUUCUGCUUGUGUGUACACAUUUGUGCAUCUACAUGCUUGUGUGUGAGUGUGUGAGUGUAAGAGAGAUGUACAAAUGUUUCUGUAAGUAGCUUUGGAAGUGCCUCCAUCCAAACCCAACAGAAGAGUUUCUGGUCGUUCUUUUGUUGUUUGCUGUCCGUUUUCAUUCAAAGGAGCACUACAGCACACAGUUUUUCCUGUUCAUGUUCAAAGAUGGUCACAGACACUUUUUUGGUUUCUCGGCUGAUGGUAGCAGAGAGAAUGUGAAGCCGUGUAGGCACCUCCACGGCGAUGGCUUUGGAUGUUCAGUCGCACUGAAUUAUGGGUACAGGACGAUAACAUUGCAAAGGCUACGUCAGUAUUUUAAAAAGCUUUGCUUCCCUGCUUUAUAUGAGGCCCCAGUUGUACAAAACCACUUCAGAUAUUCGUUUGAAACAACCUUGAUGAAAGAAGAAAUGAUUUGGUUUUCUUCCUGACCCGCUGACAGGAUUUGUUUGGAAAAGGUCAGAAAAAGGGAGAAGAAGACAGGAGCCAAACAUUUCAGUCCGCAGAACUCACAAGAUUCCCUCUAAAGACCUUGUCGUUCUCCUCCUCCACCCCCCACUGAAAAUUGCUACAAAACUGUUUCAUUUUAGUAUAAUGAAGAGAAAAAUAAAACUCAAGCCGCCCAGUCUUUCAAGGACUGGACUCAUUUGUAAAUCUGCAGAUUUGUACAACACAACUCGAGCGCAGAUUUAAUCGUUAUUAUUGCAUGGCUGAGAACCAAAACAUACUUGUACCAUUGCCUGCUAGCUGAGGGGAUUGUAAAACAUUAAGUGAACCCUAUGUUUUGAUGUGCACAAUCUUUUUUUCAUUUUCAAAAUUUUAUCUGAUAUUUUUUUGUAAUUUAUUUAUUUAUUUCCACUUAGGAGUUAGUAAUGUUAGGACCCCAAAUGAACAUUUAGGAUUAUAUCAGUAGAACCAACUAGGAUUGACUUUUCCCCACUUAAUUUGUGUUCACAACCUUUGGGACACAACACAACGACGGGCGGCAGCUGAGAAACAAAUUCUGUUUUUUUGGGGGUUUUUUUAACAAAUAGGAGGGCAGACAGUGUGUACAAAUUUACAUUUAACGGUUAGCUACACGUUCAACAUUUAAAUGAUCCGAUUACCAUAUAGUUCAGGGAUGGCAUGAUUGUUAUUGUUUUGACAAUUACAAACGGCAUGUUUGUGGCAUUUAUCCCAUUGAUUCGUUCCAGAGAAUCUGGAAAGGCAUUUUUUUUUUUUUUUUUUUUUGGGGUAUUUUCCUAUGUCUUGUUUUACAUAAAAAGUAGAAGAGGAAGAUGCUGCGUUUAUUGUAUACAUUGUACAAUGUGAUAAGUAGGCAUCAGCCUGAGCUGAAGAUGCUGCUGGGAGGGUCAGGCUGUGCGGUUCAGUCCCCCCCCCCCCCCCCCCGGCUUUACUCUAACGCCGCGAGGCGGUCAGCGCUGUUACACGACGGAUCUCUGCACAAAUAAUACGGAUUUCUCACCGAUUUCUUAUUUCGCUGGUGUGUGUUUAUGGACGUGCGUCGAUUAUUGAAAUUAAAAGAUAUUUUAUUUAUUUUACACGCCGAAACGCAGCCGAGGACGGCUGAAGGUAGGCUUUGCGGUUGCUUGCAUGUACGGACAUAACUCUGGAAUGUUACUAUACUCUCAGGUAACAGAAUGACGAGAAAUAAUAUAUUUUACAAAUUAAAAAGACUAGGCUUAAAUUUGAGACUAUGAGAAUAUCUUCCCCAGAGCCUCUUUCUGCUUACAAUGCAAUGGUUUUCUUCCCCCUCUGUGUAAACCUAUAUCAAUAAAAAAAUAAAAAGAACAAUAAUAAAAA